CUUUCUCCACAGUCCAGGCAGCCCCAGUCCCACAGUUUGGAAACAUGUCCAUGCAAGAGGACAUGCAAUCCCAGCAGCUCUGGUCAAGGAUCCAUAAGUCUCAAAGAGACUUAGCAAAGUCCAUCCUGAUUGGGGCUCCAGGAGGGCCAGCAGGGUACCUGCGGUGGGCCAGUGUGGCCCAGCUGACCCAGGAGCUGGGCAAUACCUUCUUCCAGCGGCAGCAGCUGUCGGCCGCUAUGGCAGACACCUUCCUGGAACACCUCUGCUUGUUGGACAUUGACUCCGAGCCCGUGGCCGCUCGCAGCACCAGCAUCAUUGCCACCAUCGGGCCGGCAUCUCGCUCCGUGGAGCGCCUCAAGGAGAUGAUCAAGGCUGGGAUGAACAUCGCGCGACUCAAUUUCUCCCACGGCUCCCACGAGUACCACGCUGAGUCCAUCGCCAACAUCCGGGAGGCGGUGAAGAGCUUUGCAACUUCUCCGCUCAGCAACCGACCCGUGGCCAUAGGUCUGGACACCAAGGGGCCGGAGAUACGCACUGGGAUCUUGCAGGGGGGCCCGGAGUCGGAAGUGGAGCUGGAGAAGGGCGCCCGGGUGCUGGUGACCGUGGACCCGGCCUUCCGGAUGCGGGGGGACGCAAGCACCGUGUGGGUGGACUACCCCAAUAUCAUCCGCGUCGUGUCAGUGGGGAGCCACAUCUACAUUGACGACGGGCUCAUCUCCUUAGCGGUCAAGAAAAUCGGCCCAGAGGGACUGGAGACCCAAGUGGAGAAUGGCGGUGUCCUGGGCAGUCGAAAGGGCGUGAACCUGCCGGGCGCCCAGGUGGACCUGCCUGGGCUGUCGGAGCAAGAUGUCCGGGACCUGCGCUUUGGGGUGGACCAUGGCGUGGACAUCAUCUUUGCCUCCUUUGUUCGGAAAGCCAGCGACGUGACUGCCGUCCGGGCUGCUCUGGGGCCGGAAGGAAAGACCAUCAAGAUCGUUAGCAAAAUCGAGAACCACGAAGGCGUGAAGAAGUUCGAUGAAAUCCUGGAAGUGAGCGAUGGCAUCAUGGUGGCGCGGGGUGACCUGGGCAUCGAGAUCCCCGCUGAAAAGGUCUUCCUCGCUCAGAAGAUGAUGAUCGGUCGUUGCAACUUGGCGGGCAAGCCUGUUGUCUGUGCCACACAGAUGCUGGAGAGCAUGAUCACUAAGCCCAGGCCCACUCGGGCAGAGACGAGCGACGUGGCCAACGCUGUGCUGGAUGGGGCAGACUGCAUCAUGCUGUCAGGGGAGACUGCUAAGGGCAAGUUUCCUGUGGAGGCUGUAAAGAUGCAGCAUGCGAUUGCCCGGGAGGCAGAGGCUGCAGUGUACCACCGCCAGCUGUUCGAGGAGCUGCGCCGGGCAGCACCCCUGAGCCGUGAUCCCACUGAGGUCACUGCUAUCGGCGCCGUGGAGGCGGCCUUUAAGUGCUGUGCUGCAGCCAUCAUCGUUCUGACCUCGACAGGCCGCUCAGCCCAGCUCCUGUCUCGGUACCGACCUCGGGCAGUAGUCAUUGCUGUCACCCGCUCUGCCCAGGCUGCCCGCCAGUCCCACCUGUGCCGAGGAGUCUUCCCCUUGGUCUACAGUGAACCUCCAGAGGCCGUCUGGGCAGAUGAUGUGGAUCGCCGGGUCCAAUUUGGCAUUGAAAGUGGGAAGCUCCAUGGUUUCCUCCGUGUUGGGGACCUGGUGAUCGUGGUGACAGGCUGGCAUCCUGGCUCCGGCUAUACCAACAUCAUGCGGGUGCUGAGCAUAUCCUGAGCCGUGUCCCCCCGCACCGAGCUCUGGACCUCAUCCCUUCCCCGUUCCCUCCACCCAGUGCCCCUCCUAAGUCUUCUGCACUCCCAGUCCCCUCUGCCCAAGGCCACAUCUGCCAUCUAGCCCCAUUCCAGGUUCCCCUCCCCGCUCUCCAUUUCACACAGGCCCCGACCAGCCAUGGCCAGUUAAGCACUGGCCAUCAGGCAGCGCCAGCCAUACAUUCCCUGUACCUAAUGCUCUCAGAUGAGCCCUGAGAUGUUCUGAGCCUUUAAUCCCAGCUUAACUGUUUAAUUCAAUCCACCCAGCCCCCUCCCACUGCUCCCUAUACCUGGGGCUUGGGGGAGAGGAACAGGACAAUCAUGUCCACAGUUAACACAAAACCAUAUUUGAAACAUAUUUCAUAUCCGAGUCUGACGUUCUUGUAUGUGGUCCUCAUAAUAAUCUGGGCAUCUCCCAAGGAGACUGCCACCUCUUCCUUCAUCGUGACUAACAGUGGCAUCAAGGCACCAUGUUUUUGGGGAAGCCAGGAUAGAAGGACACUGGGGAGUGCUGACAGCCAGGCGGCCCCAUCUUGUCCCUGUCUUCACAACCUCUGCUGGGCUGACAGGCCACCCCCUGGCUGCUCUCAUGCCCUCACGCCUUGCUGGGUCAGAUGUCCUGCUGCCUCCUGCACCCAGAAAUUUCUUCAUGCCCACUUUGUUCCCACACACAAGCCAGGAGCCAAAAUGAGUGUCUCUAUUUUCUUUUUUAAACCCAUCUGUUUGGAAGCAAUUACAAAACUUCUCCUACAUAUCCAGAACCCCAGAACCCCCCACCCAGGAGAAAAGGAGGUUUAGGGUCCUGGCCCCACAUUCUUUGAUGCUGUAGAGUAGGGGUGGGGAUGGAGGGGUGGGGCAAGGGAUUUCUCUUGUCCCUGAGAAGGCAGAGGAGCUGGCUAGCCUGCCCUUUCCCAGGCUUGAGUACCUCAGGCCCUCCCCUUACUCCUGCACCAAGAGCAAAUUCAGUAGGAAAAAAAAACCAUAAAAGUAAGAACAGUCCUCCUCCCCCUCCUGGGCAGCCUUCCUGCCCCUACCUAGAUAGGGGGAGGGUUCGAGUAUUGCUGCUGAUGGGGUUGGGCAAGUACCACAAGAGCUGGCACGGAGGGGCCUGCCCCUUCCUAUCUCCCUAUCAGGGAGCGGAGGGAAGGAUAAAGGAUAAAGGAAUGGGGGAAUAAAAUGAAUUGGUAAUAAAUAAAAUUAGC